ACGCAGCGUAAGCGUGUGUUUAGACGUCACACUCUUUCUGUGGUCGGCUUACUGGAAACCGGACUGAUCGAGAACAUAUUAUCGUGCAAUGUUUAUCACGCCUUGGUAUUGAAAGUAAACAAAUUUCUUUGUAUUUUCGAUUAACUUGUAAUAUUAUUCACUCUAUCGCCAGCAAUCACGUACUCUUUACCAUAUAAGAUGUCAGAAGAAAAAUUUGAAUUACGAGUAAUAACUUACAUGUGUCCUACGCAUCCGGUGGAAUUAUAUGAAUUAAUUAUAAAGCUACUGGAAGAAGCCUUGGAUUGCCAUGCGAUAUUACAAUAUGAAAGUCGUAGCCCUGGUCCGAUUUUCGGACGUUCAGACCCUUUUGCAAGAGAUAAUAUUGAUCUCGCGUUUAUGACUGCAGCAGCGUACAUGAACUUAAAGGAAAGUAACAAUGAAUUUGUCGAGCUACUACUCGUUACACCGGUGUUCGCCCACCAAAUGAAUGUAGAGAAUAAGCCGGGGUACUUUUCGGACGUUAUCAUUCACUGUGAUAAAAAAGCCCACAACGUAAACACUUUGUUGGAUCUCAGAGGAUGCACUUUUGCAUGCAAUGACGAACAAUCUCUUAGUGGAAGCAAAAUUGUUCUUAAAACACUUAAAGAAAAAGGCGAAAAUGCUUCAUUCUUUGGAUCAGUUCUAAAAUCUGGAUCACAUUUGGCAUCGGCGCAAAUGGUGUCAUCUAAACAAGCUGACUGGGCAACAGUUGAUUCAACAACACUUCUUUAUUCAAAAAAGUUUAUGCAGGACGGUGGAAAAGACAUUAUUACAUUAGAAACGCUAGGACGAUUGCCGCCCUACCCCAUCGUGGUCAAUUCAAGACUCCCAGAUAACAUCAAGAAUAGAAUAACUAAGGCUCUUCUUACUUUGCCACAGACACCAGAAUGGAAAAGGAAAUUUGCUAAGUUUGGUCUCAUAAAGUUCCAUAGUAACAAUAAUGGUGCUUAUGAUGGGUCGGCUGCACAGAUGUGGUCCAUCCAGACCGAAAAACUCAAUAUUAGAUAUUAUUAGACUUUUUUUAAUCAUAAGUUUAGUUUAUGUUUUAUACAUCCUGUAUGUUGAUUAUACACCAAAAAAUUAAAAA